AACAUUAGAUUAGCGCGAAUAACCCAAUAAAUAAUCAUAAUUUGGUCAACAGUUGAAAUAUUAUUCACUAAUCGCGAUGAUGCAUCGUAUUUAUUAACAAUGACUCCGCAAAGUUUACAAUUUUAUUUUAUUUUGUUUCAGUCUUGUGCUAAUUUAAGGGGGAAACACCUUGCUUGUACAAACAAAACACUCAAACAAGAGAGAAACAUCACAAUAUAUGGACAUAAUAAAAGAUCAUAAAAAAAAGUAGUAUGUUGUGUUCGAAUGUUUUCGCGAAAGCUUUUAUAAAGUUUGAACUUAUAAAGCGUGAAAAUUCAAUUUAAAAAUUAUUGAUUUAGGUAAAAACUGGCGUAAAUACGUCACACCGGGGGUGAAAUUGGGAAAAUAAAAUUUCCCCUUGUCAUUAUUGCGUAAUUGUGUUCAUUUAUAGGUAAAGUGAUGUAAUUUACGUUUGAGAAAUAGCCUUGUUUGUCACAAUGAAAAUUUUGUCAAUGGUAACGGAUUUUUUAUUUUACGUUAUUGACAACCUCGUAUUUUACGAAUUGCCAGAAUUCAGAAAGUUCAAUUUAUUGAUCAUUUCAAGCUAUUCAAACUCUCUCUCGACUUCAGACGCUGGUCUACUAGCUCAUACGCAGUUUUACAGGCUGUGAAUUGGCGUUUUCGACCAGUCGCCUGAAAAUGGCAUCUGUUCUUGGAAGAACGAAUCGUCUCCGAGAUAUCGUUUUCUUCAUCUGUUUUGUUCUGAUUUUGUGUGGUUUGGGCUACGUAACCUACACCGCUGUUCAGAAUGGAAACCCGGCUCGUGUCUUUUGCUCUGCUGACCCUACCCUGUGGAUGUGCGACUCCGUGGAGCGCCAGCCUACUCAUGUUAUGAAUGUGAGUAGAGUGUCUAAAACUGUCAGCUAUCUUUACGAGUCUUUGCUUAGUUAUUGGGGCCGCCUAGUCUUUCAGUGCGUUGGAGUAAUGUUGUUUUCCAUCGCAGUGAUUCUGUUUAUGAUGUAUAUGCCCCCUUUCUUUAACCUUGCCAUGACUGGUUUCGGUAUUGGUAACACCUUUUUCUCGGCUGUGAUCACCUGUUACCUUUGGAAUUGCUACAGGAAAGUUUAUGGGAUAAACAGUGACGUCACAGUGGCUACUUUUCGUUACACAAGAAUGCCUGACAUUGGCAUGUUUUCUUCCCUUUUCCAAACGGAACCGACCCUUUUACUUGGAUUUUGCAUUGGUUGUACCAUUUUGGUGAUGAUUUUUUUGGUCGCUGUCGUUUUGUACAUUAGACAGCAGAAAGACAUCCCCGAAAUGAGUUACAAUUUUAUCAACUCACGUCGACUAGUGCUUAAUAUCCCUGGAUUGCUCAUUGAGCCUUUGGUUACCGCUGUAGCCAUCCUUCUGGUACUUAUGUACUUCGUUUACAUUUGCGCUUGUUUGUUUACUGCGCAGUCGUUUGGAAUUUUUGAUGAAUUUGAUGGAUAUUUUGCGAACCCAGAUAUGGGACGCUAUAUCCUCUUUGCUUUCUUGGUCUUUAUUUGCACCUGGGGAGUGGUAUUCCUUUAUGGUUGCCAACAGGUUGUCGUCGGCUCUCUGAUUGCGCGCUGCAAUGAGGGUAGUAGAAUGGGAAGAUUCCCGACCCUCUGGGCUGUUAGGCAACUGUUGUGUUACAAACUUGGUACCGUUGCAAAAGGAUCGCUGUAUUCUUUGCUCUUUACUUUGCCGGUCAUGAUUAUUGAUUCUUUAUUGAAAAUACCGGCAAUGAAACGCAACUUUUUUACACCGGUAAAAAAGUUGACCGCUUAUUCUCACUCGAAUACUUACGUAUGUGUUGGCUUGUUCAACGAUCCAUACAUGGCUGGCGGUAGACGCGCUGUCUACUUCGACGGUGCAGGGAACGACGGAUUGGCCCGACAAUGGGAUAUUGGAGCUGUGGCCUUUGCAAAGAUUGCAGCAGUUAUUGCAUCCGUUCUAGUUGGCAUAGUGUUUUCUUGGACUUCUGAGACAAAAGAAGAGCUGGUGGAAGCUCUAUAUUCGAUUGCAUUGGUUGCUGUUUUUGCUGGAGUGUUCGCCUCUAGCUAUAUCAGUAGUUUCCAAGCUGUGUUUUACUCUAGCGUACUUUGGGCAAGUGAAGACACGAUUCCUUUUGUUGAUGAGGACUCGAAGAAGGCUUUUGGAAUGGUUUGGCUUACCAAGAGUUUGGUAAAACUUGACCCUCGUAUCGUGAUGAGCUCAGCUCGAUCAUUGUACAGACAGAUCACCGGACAUGGAAACCGCGUUUCUCCGAUAAUGAUGAUGGUGGAUGUUGAAUCUGGAGAGAAACGCCAAGAAGAAGAUGCGAAUGCUGUAUUCAAAUGCAUGGAAGAUGUCCUGAAUGAAGUUGUGACAAGAGCUAUACAGGAAGCAAGCUGCUCCUCAAGCUCAGUGUCUGUCCCUAUGGAUCAAGUAGAAUUCGUAGAUGAAAAACCCGCGAUGAAGAAGAAGGAACCCAAAAUGGAAACGAAGGAUGGCCAGCAGCAGCUCCAGGAAGCUCUUGAAUGCUUCAGGAAGCUCUUCUUGCCAGUUGACCCUUCUCAACUUCCGGAGAGAUCCCACAGUGCUCCACCCAGCGGCGAUGGAUGCAUAAUCGUUGAUGAGACAUUGGGAAGAAGUGAUUCAAUGCCCCAACUUUCGCAAACUGUUGCUAUUGAAAUUGACGUAUUUGACGCAAGUGCUACUGAUUGUAAUGCCGCCGUGCUCACUGUUUAAGCGUCAAAUACAGCCUAGUCU